GAAAAUAUCCCAACACGUGAUGUUAUAAAUGUUAUCAUCGGAGCGCACGCACGUCUCGGAAAUACUUUCCGACAUAAUUACAUCGAUCUUUGCGAACCUUCUUUUACACCUACACUGGAGGAGGGUAAGAAAACCGCUCCGUUUUACUACAUCAGAGUGGAUCACAAGCGCCAAGUGCGAGUGUUGGAUAGGAGGAUCACCUCGUUUAAUAUUCUGGGCGAUACCGGGCAAUUAUUUACAUCUCUUGCCACUUGGCUGGCUGUAAAGAAUAUUUGAGCUUUCUUUGGCAAGAUCCGCUCCUCAUCUCUCUCUUGGAUUUUUUUUUUCUGCAUUUUGUUUUGGCAGAGAGAGAGAGAAGUUCCAAUCUUUUAACAGAGAUCUGGGAAUUUCCCAUGUAGAGAAGAAUUAUUGACAGAUGGGAAAGAAAGGAGGCUGGUUUUCUGUUGUGAAGAAAGUUUUGAGCCCUGAGUCCAAGAAAGAUCAGGAAACUCCAAAAUCAAAGAAAAAAUGGUUUGGAAAAGGCCAGGACUUGGGGCCAGUUUAUCUGCCUCAAGAAACUAAAGUGACUGCAGCUGCUGCUGCUGUUCCUCUUCCUCCUCCCACUGAAGAUGUCAAAUUAACAGAAGCUGGAAAUGAACAAAGCAAACAUGCCUACUCCGUGGCUCUUGCCACGGCUAUGGCUGCUGAGGCCGCGGUUGCAGCUGCUCAGGCGGCUGCUGAAGUUGUUUGCCUCACUUCUGUACCACGCCACCCUGGAAAGUCAAAGGAGGAAAUAGCUGCUAUCAAGAUUCAAACUGCAUUUCGAGGAUACUUGGCUAGGAGGGCAUUACGAGCUUUGAGAGGGUUGGGGAGGUUGAAAUCAUUGAUCCAAAGGCAAUCUGUCAAACGGCAAGCAACUACUACAUUAAGGUGCAUGCAGACUCUUGCACAUGUGCAGUCCCAGAUUCGUGCAAGGAGGAUUAGAAUGUCAGAAGAGAACCAGGCCCUUCAGCGGCAGCUUCAACAGAAACGUGAAAAUGAGCUUGAGAAGUUGAGAACUUCUAUGGGAGAAGAAUGGAAUGAUAGUACACAGUCUAAGGAGCAAAUUGAAGCAAGACAACAUAAUAAGCAAGAAGCGGCCAUGAGGAGGGAAAGAGCAUUGGCCUAUGCAUUCUCUCAACAGCAAUCGUGGAAGAACUCUUUGAAAUCAGUGAAUCCAACGUUUAUGGAUCCAAAUAAUCCUCACUGGGGUUGGAGUUGGUUAGAGCGAUGGAUGGCAGCCUGGCCAUGGGAGAUCCGAGGCACAACAUAUAACAAUGACUGUGGCUCAGUUAAGAGUAUGGGUGCCCGUUCCAUGUCUAUAGGUGAAAUCAGCAGUGCUUAUUCUCGAAGAGAUCUUAACAAUGAUAAUAAGCCAUCUCCAACUCCCACAAAAUCAAGUCGACCUCCCAACCAUCGAUCCCCUUCAACUCCACCCUCCAAGGCACCUUCAAUUUCUUCAGUUUCCUGUAAAAUAAGACUGCCAAGCCCAAAAGGGAGUCAAUGGGGAGGUGAUGAAGACUCAAGGAGCAUGCUUAAUAUCCAGUCUGAUCGAUACAGGAGACAUAGCAUAGCAGGCUCAUCAGUGAGAGAUGAUGAGAGCCUUGCAAGCUCUCCUGCUGUUCCAAGUUACAUGGCUCCGAUACAGUCAACAAAGGCCAGGUCCCGAUUGCCAAGGCCAUUGGGACUAGAGAUAAAUGGGACAUCGGAGAGGGUAUUGGCAGCAGGUUCUGCAAAGAAGCGGCUUUCAUUCCCUGCAUCUCCAGCUAGACAUAGGAGACAAUCUGGUCCUCCUAAGGUGGAUAUUACCCCGGUUAAGGAUAUUAAAAUGCACAAAGAAGAGAAACCGAGCAAUGAAGGAGGGCGGUAGUGCAGUGGAAACUAAGAACUUCAAGUUUAGAUACGGAUUGGAAACCAAAGGACAGCGAAUAAAAGAUGUCCUCAUGAUCUUCUUUAGCAACUGCUGUCUGGGAACAGCUGCAACAAAAAGAAGAGUGAAUAAAAUGGGGGGUGUUUCCACUUAAUAUAUUCUAGUGCCUGUGAUCAUCUUUUACUUCUUCUCAACUGUCUAUUUUCUUAUGGUUGUUAUUUAGGAUUGGUUUUUGGGGUGCGAUUAGUUUAUGAUUUGUUUGUUUGUUGUCUUGUUGACAAACACAAAUAAUUCUUUUUUUUUUUUUGUUU